UUUACGGCAAACACUGUGCGGCAACCCAAACAAACGUCUCGUUUGCGUUCUAUGUCGAAGCCUAGGUCGUCGGUAGCGGCCCUGGUAUCUCUUUAAUCCUACUAGAACACACAAUCAAUUCAAAAUGACGAUCAGUAAGAACAACAAGAUGCUGCAGCACAUAAACUACCGGAUGCGAGUGAUCCUGCAGGACAGUCGCAUUUUCAUCGGAACAUUCAAAGCGUUCGACAAACACAUGAACCUCAUCCUUGGAGAUUGCGAGGAGUUCCGCAAGGUAAAGGGCAAAAACCAGGCGAAACAAGGCGAUCGCGAGGAAAAGAGAGUCCUCGGUCUGGUUCUUCUUCGUGGGGAAAACAUCGUGUCGCUGACCGUGGAAGGGCCCCCACCACCCGAGGAGGGCCUGCCGAGGGUGCCCAUCCCUGGGGCGACGCCAGGCCCGGGUAUUGGACGCGCCGCAGGCAGGGGUGUGCCUGCAGCUCCAGUUGGUGCUGCGCCGGCAGGCCUCCAGGGCCCCGUGCGUGGCGUGGGUGGCCCGUCUCCGCAGGUGAUGGCUCCCCAGGGUCGCGGCGGGCCCAUGCCGCCCGGCGUCGGGGUGGCUGCGCCGCCCCAGGUGCGUCCCGGCGGGCCCCCGCCCCCGGGCGCGAUGGGCAUGAGGGGGCCCCCGCCGCCAGGGAUGAUGGGCGGUCCCCCCGGCAUGAUGGGCCGUGGCAUGCCCCCACCCGGGGCCAUGCCCAUGGGCGGCCGGCCACCCAUGGGGCCGCCGGGCAUGCGGGGCCCACCCCCUCCCGGCAUGAUGCGCGGAGGUCCGCCCCCUGGAAUGAGACCGCCCCCACGGGGUUGAAGACUUGCCCGAUCACCGCCCAUUGUGACGCUGCAACAAGACUUCAUAGCAGAGCACAGGGCAAACAGGCUAGCGAUGGCGCAGUUCCUGUAGCUUCCUCGCCAUCUGAAGACGAGAGGGGGGGCAUGCUUGCCUGGUUCAUCAGACAUGAUGUUUGACCAAAUGGGUUUAUACUUUUGCCUUGCCAACCUUUAUUGAAGAUACUGUUCCAAGUCAAGCAGCAUCUUGGUUACGUCAGAAAGCAAGGUUACGUCGUUCAGCCCAUUUUUCACCCUGCCUUGUACAUAUGUCAUUCUUUUUAUUUAGUUACUCAAUAUUACGAAUAAACUUGUCUUCAAAUUUGGA